AGUCUCACUAAAUUCUGGGAGGUUUUUUUUUGGUGGGGAAGGAGAAAUUGGCAAAAGUAGGAGCGGAGAUGGUGAACCCUAGUAAUGGUGAAAGAUGGAACAGAACAGUGAUCGAUGAUAACAUGUUGGCCAUGUUUGAUGGCUCCGAAACUAAGGAUCCUCACCAAGAUGCCCUCGAUGACCGAAUUGCUUUUCUUGAUGUUGUUCGCGCAUCUUCAAUUGGGCCUGAGUAUGGAAAACCACCCACUUCAAAAGUUUUUGGGGCAGUCUUCCACAUGCUGAGGACAGGGAAUUCUCUAGAAAUUAUUGUCGGAAGUUAUAAGCUUCUGGUAGAUUUAGACAAGCACUUCCCUCGUGUGUAUUUAUCCCAAUCGUCGUCUAACUCUCCAUCGAAAUUGGUUGUGGUUAAAGAGGCAUGGUCUCCAUUUAUUGAUUGCCUGGAUAAUGGCACUGCUGAAGCAGGUGACAAACUGUCUAGUGGACCCCUUGACCCCUCUAGCUUUCAGCUCCUGAUUGAAGACGUUGCUGAAAUAAUAUCUGGGACCAAAUUGCAAGCAGCCAAUGUGGAGCCCUUGAGGAACAUGUUACUCUUCCAGUACCUUGUGAUUGUUUUUGAGGAUGAUUUUUUACCUCGCAAGGCUUCCUCGACAUGGAACAUGCAGAGGGAGUCUUUGCUUAGUCUGCUAUUGGGAUCUAGGAAAAUAAAUUACAAAAGCUUGAUGAAGGAUUGCCUGGCAAUUAUUUGUCAACUAUCUCAACUUCUUCAUGGUGGAUUCAGUAAUCAUCUGGAGCUUCAACAAAGUUCUCAGUCUAAGUUGUCCAGAAAUUGUCAUGUUGCAUUGUCUCUUUCUUUAUUAGAAGUAUUAAAGGACACAUGUGUUUCAAUUGAGAAACUUCUAGUGAUGAUUAUGAACCUUGAUAUGGCAAGGAAGAAAGCAGAUACGGAAGGUCACACUACAAGAGCAGACAGUCCGAGAACACCUUUGAUGGAGAUAAUUCUGGAUGAACUAGCUUACAACAAAGAUAGUGUCCCUCUUUUUUUCAAGACCUUCAGUGAACCGAAGUUGAAGCUGGAAAUAGUUGUGCAGUAUCUGGCGAAAUACAUAACCAAGCCUUCUGUUCGCACUCGUAAGUCAAGUGAUUAUAUUGAAUAUGCAACAUUUGGUGGGGCAUUGAAGUGCUUUUCAAAUAAAACUGGCAUUAAGAGCUUAAUGAAAAAAAUUGGUGUAGAUGUAAUUCAAUUCCUUCUUGCCCAUGGUUUUCAGGCUCAAUUGUCAAUAUUGUCAAAUGGGAAUGCUGAUGCCAACAUUUCUGGUGACAAAGAAGGGGGAGUCGGUGCUCUUGUGGAUUUGUGUCACGCUUUUAUCUCUGCUUUUAAUAAUUUUAUAAGCACUGAUGCGCAUAUGGUGAUAUUGUCGAUUGGAAAAGAGGCACUAUUUACUGCAGCAACUAUUAUCGCCGAGAAAUCAUAGGAGUGCAAGCAAUUUAAUUGAGCAGUUCCGCUUGGUGAAUACAGAAUAAACUCAUUCUGCCCAAUAAUAACUGCUUUUACUUCAUGAAAUUGAUGCCCUUGUAGCCAGUUUUGUUAAAUAGCUGCUGUAGUUCUAUUGCAUAGCGAAAGUCCUCGGUUUUGCCACGCCAUUUGCGGCUACCAUGGUUCCAUCUAGGUUAAUGUCAUUCUGGUUUUUAUGCCUUUUAUUUUUAUUUGCAUACAACAAUUUUAUAUACGUAUAUAAUUCGUAAAUAUUUCAACCUUCA